AUGCCGAACUUGACUCUUCUGGAUUUGUCCGACAAUCGUUUGAGAACAUUCCCGUGGUCUUCUCUGAGGAAUGCAUCAAACAUUUGUGAGUUAAAGUUGAACAAUAAUGAAAUUUCGAAAGUUGACGCCUACGUCGACUUCCCUGAGUCCUUGACGUACCUUUACCUUCAGUGUAAUCGCAUCACCACGAUUCCCGAAACCUUCUUACACGGAUUGAAGCCGCAAAAAGAGAGAUUCUAUCUGCGCAUUUGGAAGAACCCUUUCCUCUGUGACUGUAAGAUCCAGUGGAUCGCACGUUUGCUGCGAUGUGUGUGGGAACGCCGACAAGAAGGCUGUGUCAACGGUUCUCCCGGCAGAGAUAUGCGGUGUAUACAGACCAAGUGCAACUUCCACCCAAAUGGCGUUCCAGUCAUCCUGGACUGGCUUCAAAAAAACAAACUCAUUUCUGUAAAACAGCCGACCCUCGGAGAGAGUCUUAGAUGUGACUCACCGCAAGAAUUGAAAGGAGCUUUGUUGAGAAACAUCUCUCUACCGACAUGUGCAUCUGCCAACGAUUCUGCAAAUUCGCAACAAACGUCAGUUUCAGUUCCAGUUACAGAUAAUCUAGGGGUUCAAGAAUCUGAGAAGGCAUUAGCGGAGACAGAGCCCCCAACACUCGUUAUCAACAGCUGGGAGGGAACCACGGUCAACACUCCCGAACUUUCGCUCAUUUGGAAAAGGCUCAUAUCUGGCAUCCUUGGCGGAGCGCUGGCUCUCUUUGUUGCUGCCUUCAUCAUCAGAUGUAUCAGCCAUUGCAGAAAACGACGACAGACCUGGCUCAAUAACAUGGCCAGUGCUCCGACCUUGCCAACAAGAACCGGGAACCGUCUUCAAAUGAUAGUACCAGUGACCACCAGGCCCAUCACACCAUAG